AUGCUCCAAAUGAAUCCCAGGCCUUCCGGUGUCAAAUUUGGUCAGUUGGUGUCAUCUCUUGUUAGAAUGAAGGCCUUCCAGGCUGCCUUCUAUGCUUCUAAACGUAUGGAAUUAGCUGGAGUCCCACGCGAUCUUUACACGCUUGGCAUGAUGCUUCGUUGCUUCUGUAAAUUGGGUCGAGUGGAUUUUGGCUACUCAGUUUUGAGCAAAGCUCUGAAACUCGGUAUUCAAUUCGACGAUGUGAUGCUCAAUACAUUGAUCGACGGGCUCUGUAAAGUUGGAAAAGUAAUUGAGGCUGCAAGGCUGCUGGUUCAUAAGAUCAGGAUUUUGGGGUAUCAACCGGAUGUUAUCGCUUAUAGCAUAAUUAUAGAUGGAUUGUGUAAGGCAGGGCAAACGAGUGCUGGACUUGAAUUGCUCAAAAACAUGGAAGAGUUAGGUUGUCAACCUGAUGUGGUUAGUUAUAGCACGGUCAUUAGAAGCCUAUGUAAUGAUGGAAUGGUAUCUAGAGCUUUAGGUGUGUUUUCAGAGAUGGAGGAGAAAAAGAUUCAACCAAAUGUGUUUGCUUACAAUAGCUUGAUUGCUGGUUUAUGCAUGUCAAGCAGAAUCAAUGAAGCUAUGAAGUUGUUCGAUAAAAUGGUAGAGAGGAAGGUCAUGCCUGAUACAUUCACCUAUAACAUAUUGGUUGAUGCUUUUUGUAAGGAAGGAAAUGUUUUGGGAGCUAAAGUUAUACUCAAAAUGAUAAUUCGAAGAGGACUGCUUCCGGAUAUCGUCACUUACAAUUCAUUGGUGGAUGGGUAUUGUUUGCGCAAUGAAUUAGACAAAGCCAGAAAGCUAUUUGAUUUCAUUGACAAUAGGGGGUGCAAACCUAACGUUUACAGUUACAGUAUCAUGAUUCAUGGAUAUUGUAAUACUAAAAGGAUGGAUGAAGCAGAACAGUUACUGAAUAGUAUGCUUGAGAAGGAUUUGGUUCCGGGUACGGUCAUAUAUAAUACUAUGAUAUAUGGAUUUUGUCAAGUUGGGAGGGUUAAAGAUGCACUACAAAUUCUCAAGAAAAUGAGUGGUCCGGGUUGCUUACCUGAUAUUGUGACAUUCACAAGUUUGCUUGAUGACUUGUGCCGAGGAGGUAAAAUUGACGACACAUUAGCUUUGUUUCAAGAUCCACUUGAGGCAAUCGAUCUUAUUCAUGAGAUGGUUUCGAAAGGCUUCUCUGCCGAUUCAACCACGAUGACUUUGCUAAUAGAAUUGUUGCCCAAGAAUCAGUCGGAUCAUCCAAUUCUCCAGAAGCUGUUGAAUGGUCCUGAUAUCAAGAGUCAUGAAAGAGGGUCCAUUGGUCUAUGA